AUGCCUUCCUAUGCUAAAUUCAUGAAGGAGCUGUUAUCUAAGAAAAGAAAGCUUGAGAAUGAUAAAAUAGUCCCUUUGACUGAAGAAUUCAGUGCUAUUUUACAAAGGAAGCUUCCUAAAAAAUUAAAGGAUCCAGGUUCUUUUAGCAUUCCAUCUUCUAUUGGAAAUUGCACCAUAGGGAAAGAUUUAUGUGAUCUUGGGGCCAGCAUCAAUCUCAUGCCGCUUGCUAUCAUGAAGAGACUUGGAAUAGAAGAAGUCAAGCCUACUAGCAUAACCUUACAACUUACGAACAGAUCUUACACAUAUCCCUAUGGUGUUGUAGAGGAUUUGCUAGUUAAGAUUGACAAAUUCAUUUUUCCUGCAAAUUUUGUAAUUUUGGACAUGGAAGUGGAUGUCGACAUUCCUUUAAUUUUGGGCAGACCAUUCUUAGCUCAGGGAGAGCUUUAA